UUAAAAUACAGAAUAAAGGUCUAAAAACUGAAAAAGGGACAUUUCACUGAUUCUUCUUCCAUCCAGACCACAUCAGACCUGGUCUACAUUAGAAACCACUGGACCUAGACUUGCCGAACCCGGACUAGAUUAACAUGGAGACUCCAGAAACUGUUUAAAACCCGGUUUCAGAUUUGUAAAACCUUUAUUGAAUAUGACAAAACAGAAAAGAAAUUCUAUUUCACAGGUUUUUCUCCAUCCAGACCACAUCAGACCAGGUCUAGCUCAAAAACCACUGUGUUUAGGUGCGAUGGCUCAGGUGCGGCGGCCGGUCGGCGAGGCGCUGUGGGCGAUGUGUGCGGCCGACUCCGCGUCCAUGCCGGUCCACUGGUACUACGACGUCGACGACAUCAGGGCGGACUUCGGAGGCUGGAUAUCCGGCUUCAACUCGCCCAGAAGCAGACACCCGUCCAGCAUCCUCAGCCUCUCCAACACCGCCGGCAGCGGUCGGACUGCCGGGUCCUCCGGCGCCACGCGGCCCGACGUGGUCGGUAACGUGAUCCUCCACGAUAAACUGAACUUAUGGAAGUCCUCCAAAGGCUCAGUCCACUAUCAUCAAGGUCUUCAGGCCGGUGACAACACCCUGAACGUCCUCUGUUCUCUCCGAGCGGCUCGUUCGCUCGUCGCCGGGCGUUUCAGCGACGUCUCUCAGCCGGACGCUCGAGCCGCCGUUCUGUCAGACUACGUCCACUUCCUGACCACGCCCGGCUCGCACCGCGACACCUACGCCGAGUCCUCCCACCGCUCCUUCUUCGCCUCCUGGCAGGACGGCAGGCCCACCUCGCCCCGUGAGGUUCUGACGUUUGCAGAAAAACGCUCCAGGCAGCAGCUGAGCUCCUCAUUCGCCGACAGCCAGCUGGACGCCAUCGGCUGCCUUCCCAUGAUCCUCCCCUUCGUCCUGCUGUCCGCCUCGGCCAAUGAGAAGCAAGCUGUUUCAGCGGCAGUAGAGUUUGUGAAGCUCACCCACCCCCACCCGAAGGUGCCCGAGUACGUGUCGAUCUACAGCCGGGCGCUGCACGCCGUGCUGGGCGGAGCCAGCGUGCGCCAGCAGGCCGAGCACGCUCUGAGGAGGCUGGACACCUGGGACACCUGCCGGAGCUACAGCCGCAAGGCCGGCAGGUUUCCGGUGUCCUCCGAGGAACGGCUGAAGGUCCAUCAGAGCGCUGUGAACUACCUCGGUCUGGCCUGCUACACUAAAGGCGCUCUGUCCAGCAUGUUUUAUCUGGCUCACGAGUUUCACGACGACCCCAGAGGAGGAAUCCUGGCCAACACCAACUGUGGAGGUGAGAACUGUAACCGCGGGGCGGCGCUGGGGGCCCUGCUGGGGGCGGGAGGGUCGUACGGCGGAGACGUCAUCCCGCAGGAGUGGAAGGACGAACUGAGAGACGCCCAGGAGUUCAUCCCCGACAUCCUGAAGGAGAUGCAGUAAGAGCAGCGCCGCCCCUGGAGGCGCGGAGGGGAACUGCAGCUUCAAAACGUUUGUCUUCCAAACGCAACAGUUAAAUUUGGCUGUUUUUAUUCCAGUUCAUGUGUUUUAUUUUUACAUUUAAUAAUGGAAAUAUUAUUUUCUUUUCCUUAAUUAAGUUUUAUCGGCACAUUUUUUGUUGUUGUUGUUGUCGUCGUGUGGUUUGGACCGUUUGCAUUGUAGAAUAAAAAAACGUAAAUUAUCAGCAGGAAAAAGACCUUGGUGAAGGGCUUCAGCUGAGAUAUCUAUUUAUGCUUUUCCUGUUGUCUUAUUCUUAUUUUAAGGCCUGAAAUGAACAAAUGUCUGCUUUUUGCUCAUAAAAAAUAAAAUGUGAACAGUU